CACCAACAACAACAACAACAACUUACAGAGUCCUAAAUAUCGCCUCUCAUUGGAAAGUCCUCCUUUCUCUGGAAUAUGUGGACCAUACCCAAGCCCAGAUACAAGAACGGUUCCGCCGGGGAGGAGAGUGAGGAUGAGAUCGCUGUGAACAUUGGAGGGGUGAGAGUGGUGCUUUUCGGGGACGUUUUGAACCGUUACCCGGAGAGUCGCCUGGCGGAACUAGUGAACUGCUCACCUCAAAACUACGACGGCAUCUUGUCGCUCUGUGACGACUUUGACCCGGGCAGAAACGAGUUUUACUUUGACCGAGACCCCGAUGCCUUCAAGUGCAUCCUUGACGUUUACUACUUUGAUGAGAUUCACAUCAAGCGAGGCAUUUGUCCCAUUUGUUUUCUCAAGGAGAUGGAGUUCUGGAAGAUCGACCCCAGCGUGCUGGACGAGUGCUGCAAAAGUGACCUGAGCGAGAAGGAGGUCGAGUUGAAGGAGAUCGCCAGCAAGGUGCUUCUCAUCUUGGAGGACAUGGACAGCGAGCCCCCCGUGACUCGCUCUGAGCGGUACCAGAGAUUCCUCUGGAAGAUGAUGGAGAAGCCCGGCUCUUCGUUGGUGGCGCGCGUCGUCGCCAUCGCCUCGUUCCUCUUCAUCCUUGUCUCCUCCAUGGUGAUGUGCGUGGGUACCAUCCCGGAGCUCCAGGUUAUGGACGACGAGGGGAAACUCGUGGAACACCCGACCCUGGAGGCGAUAGAGACCGCCUGCAUCUUGUGGUUCACCGUGGAAUACCUGCUGCGUCUCGCGUCCUCUCCAAACAAGCUGCACUUUGCCUUCGCGUUCAUGAACGUCAUCGACUUCAUGGCCAUCGUACCGUUCUACGUCGUCCUCAGCCUCACCUACCUCGGCACCAGCGCCAUGAUGGAGCUGGCCAACGUUCAACAAGCGGUGCAGGCUCUUCGUAUCAUGCGCAUCGCGCGCAUCUUCAAGUUGGCACGCCACUCGUCCGGGCUGCAAACCCUCACGCACGCGCUCAAGAGGAGCCUCAAAGAACUGGGCCUGCUGCUCAUGUACAUGGGAGUGGGGAUCUUUGUGUUCUCUGCACUGGCCUACACCAUGGAGCAAAGCCACCCGGAGACUCUGUUCAAGAGCAUCCCGCAGUCUUUCUGGUGGGCCAUCAUCACCAUGACCACGGUGGGCUACGGAGACAUCUACCCCAAGACGACGCUCGGGAAGUGCAACGCGGCCGUGAGCUUUCUCUGCGGGGUGAUAGCUAUCGCUCUGCCCAUCCACCCCAUUAUAAACAACUUUGUGGUGUUUUACAACAAGCAAAAGGUGCUGGAGACGGCUGCCAUGCACGAGGUGGAGCUGAUGGAGUUGAAGUCGGGCAGGAGCGCGCGAAGAACCAGCGCGACUCCAGGCGACUUGCAGCAACCGCGUGCGCGCACAGCACAGUGACAUGCGUGCGUCCCCAUCAUCCCUGCAGUUGUGCAAAGUGUGUUAUGGCACAGGAACGGCGUUGCACGCAUUUUGGACAAAUAGAAUACCGUGUUGAUAGGGCUUUAUAACUAGCAUUAUUGGCGGUUUUGAUAUCUGUUUUGAUUC